AAACUUUUUGGCCUCCCUGCCUCUACUCUCUACCGACCGAUACUUCCAUUCGGGGCAAUGGCAAAGAAGAGAAGGACACCUGAGAAGAAGGGCCUAAAGAUAGUCCCAACUGAUUGUAUUCCAAAACAUUCUCAACAGCGUCGAAGGACACCACCAAAACGCCGCACUGAUUUCUCUGUGUUUAUGCGCAGUCCUGCUUGCCUCUCCAACCCAGUUUCUUCACAUGGUUCAUCUUCUGGAGAAGUUAGAUUGGACAAUGUCUCCGCAAACAGUUUACAUGAGGAUAGAAUGAAAGAACAAUUCCUUGAAGAUACACUUGUUAAAUGCAGUGGUUCUCAUAGGGAUGAAAAUCUUGAUGUUCCUGUAUCUGAAGUUGAAUCAGUUAUCCAAGAUGAAGCUCUUGACCUUGGCAGCAAUAGGGAUGGUAAACGAGGAAAAAAUAAAACACUCAAGGUAUCAGAAUCGACACAACGGGAGUCACCUGUUACUGACAGCAAUUGUAUUACUAUAACCCCGGGGAGUGUUGUAUGGGCAAAAACAUCAUGUCAAGUGUGGUGGCCUGCGGAGAUCAUGGAAGAAAGACCCACCUUAGCAGGCCAGACCUGCGAUGGACAUGUCUUGGUGCAAUUUUAUGGGAAUCGACCCUGCGCUUGGAUUGAUCCAUUGAAAGAUCUUUCAGCAUUUGAGGAUUCUUUUGAAGAAAGGAGCGGUAACCCGGCAAAAGACUUCCAAGAUGCUCUAAAACAAGCUUUGCAGAGGAAGGGGCAACUUAUUUCGCACAGUAAGUCCAGUCCCCAAAGGACUGCUCGCUCGGAUCUGCAAGAUCACUCAUGUGAAAAAUGGACUUCAUCAGCCUCAAGCAAAACGAUAGAUGACUUAAAGGAGACGGGAAGGGGUAAAAGAGAACGCAAGCGCAAGCUUCAUUUUGAUGAGGUGGCAUCUCCUCCGAAAUCAGAAAGAAAGACUCGCCGGUUGAAGAUAAUGCGGUACCUGGGCCUUAUUGCUCCUGUUGGUUCUCCUUUUAUAACCGGAGUGUGCCCCUAAUGUAAAUAUCUUGGCCCUUUCUUACCAAAUGGGCCCUCCUUUUUUGACUACGAUCGUGACUGGUGUCUAUUUUAGAGAGUUUCAUUCUUCUAAAUUUCACUCGGGCACAUUGCACAGCGUUUUCGGGAUUAGUUAUAUAGUGUUAUUUAAAAAAUAAAGAUCUAACCGCUCUUUCUUUCUUU